UUAUUCAAUUUCUGAAAUCAGAUACAACAAGAAGUUCGAGACAGGUAGUAAAGCAUCCACUAACAACACCAAAGAGGGCUGCUUCUGUCCAACUGGCACCGUCUUAUUCAACACUGUCUAUGAUACAUGUGUUGCCUCCUGUGAUUGUGUUGGACCUGAUGGUGGACCCAAAGAGCCUGGUGAUACAUGGAUAAGUGGCUGCAACAUAUGUGAGUGUGACAAGGAUUCCAUGAGCAUCCAGUGUGAGCCUGCCACCUGCCCCACAGUGCAGAGCCCUGUCUGCAGCGGGCCGGGUCAGCAGCUGGUCAACAAAACAGAAGGCUGCUGCACAACACAGUCCUGCGAGUGCAAUGUAAACCUGUGUCCACGACCAAUCACCUGCCCAGUGGGCUUCCAACGCAACGUUACCAGCGGCACCUGCUGCCAGUCCUACGAGUGUGUUCCUAAAGGUGUAUGUGUCUAUGACAUGAAUGAGUACAAGCCUAGUGACAAAAUACCAACAGAAACAACACCAGAACCACCAUUAGAACCGCCAUCAACACCACCAACAACAACAACAACAACAACAACAGAACAACCACCUGGAACAACAGCACCAUCAGGAGCAGGACAACCUUCAGGAACAACAACAUCUCCAUCAGGAGCAGGACAACCUUCAGGAACAACAACAUCUCCAUCAGGAGCAGGACAACCUUCAGGAACAACAACAUCUCCAUCAGGAGCAGGACAACCUUCAGGAACCACAACAUCUCCAUCAGGAGCAGGACAACCUUCAGGAACAACAACAGCACCAUCAGGAGCAGGACAACCUUCAGGAACAACAACAUCUCCAUCAGGAGCAGGACAACCUUCAGGAACAACAACAGCACCAUCAGGAGCAGGACAACCUUCAGGAACAACAACAUCUCCAUCAGGAGCAGGACAACCUUCAGGAACAACAACAUCUCCAUCAGGAGCAGGACAACCUUCAGGAACAACAACCUCCCCAUCAGGAGCAGGACAACCUUCAGGAACAACAACAUCUCCAUCAGGAGCAGGACAACCUUCAGGAACAACAACAGCACCAUCAGGAGCAGGACAACCUUCAGGAACAAGAACAGCACCAUCAGGAACAUCGGGACCUUUCACACCAAAACCCUGCCAGGAGUGUUUCUGUGGCCCCAAAAUGGAUCCCAUCACUAGGUUGAACAUCAUUAACUGCAGACCUGUUGUGUGCAACACAAAAUGCUCCAAAGGUUAUGAAUAUCAGACCGUACAUCGAAAGUGCUGCGGGAAAUGUGUUCAGAAAAGCUGCAUUUUCACCACACAGGACAACACAACACAUAUCCUUGAGGUCAACAACACCUUUAUUCCCACGAAUGACAAGUGUGUGAAAUAUACCUGUGAGAAGAUGAAUGGACAUCUUGUUACCAAGGAGACCAAGACAACCUGUUCUCCCUUUAACCCCUUGGACUGUGAACCUGGCACUGAGACUACUGACACUACUGGAUGCUGCAAAACCUGCAAGCGGAAGAGCGUCUGUGAGAUGAAGAGUAAGCUAACAGUCAUGGAAGUGAGCGGCUGCAAGAGUGCGCAGCCGCUCAACAUUACAUCCUGCGCUGGACACUGUGGAAGCUCGUCCAUAUAUUCUGCGGCAGCUAACAAGAUGAUGCACCAGUGUGAGUGUUGCCAAGAGGCCAGCGUCAGUAAGAAGAGUGUGGAGCUGACUUGUGCAGAUGGCUCAAAGGUGAACCACAGCUACACUGCAGUGGAUACGUGCAGCUGCAGAAAAGCAGACUGUGUGCCUGGGACCACGUCAGAACCACUUCGCCGCAGGAGACGCUGAUCAGUCCCUGACACUGCUGUCCACCCCACAUAAAUCUUAGAAACACUGAGCAAGAAUUAACCGUCGAUUUUAUUAUUCUUGUCAGGUUUAUUAUUUAUAGCUCAAAAUGUGCUCUUUUCCAUUGUAUACUGGGAUGUAAACUUUUUUGGAAGAUUAUUAAUAAAAUGAAACUUCUGCAAUUUGAA